CUAUUUGUUCUACGUCAGAAGAUAUAGGAAGAAGCCUAGCUUCGCUGUUCAGAAACCUACAGCAUCAAAUCAUCAUACGUAUUUGCCUUGACUGGUGACGUUUGCUACAUUUGACAUUCAAUUAAUUGAAUGGCAACGACGGAUACUGUACAGUCGAACCAAUAUUUUAAACCAACCUGUGCCGCUUCAUGCAACUGUAAAGGAUAUCGCGAUGUAAGGGAAGCCAGCACACAAACCGACACCAAAGUACAAGGUCAUGGACCCAGGCUGUCCAAGUUUAACCUCUUCACCCUGCUGAGUUUAUGGAUGGAACUUUUCCCCAAGGAGGAACCAGAAGACAUAAACCAGAAUGACUUUACGCGGGGUACAGGCCUGGUGGUGGUUCGGGACCAGAGGGUGGUGGGUCUCCACUGCUCCGGUCCAGAGCUCCAUGUGGGGCAGGUAGCUGUGAUCAGACACGGGCCCAGGCUGGCUGCCUCAGACCUCUACUUCUCUAGGAGACCCUGCGCUACCUGCCUCAAGAUGCUUAUCAAUGCUGGGGUGAGCCGCAUCUCCUUCUGGCCUGGUGACCCUGAGAUGAGUCUGCUAGCGGUCAGGCCUAAUGGGACGGACUCCAUUUCCCAGGAGGCCAUGCGGGACGCCAUUGCGUCCGAGAAUCUGAAGUCCAACAGCCGGCCCCACAUUAGUGUGGUGGUACAGCCCGUGGCCCCUGGCCUGCAGCAGUUUGUGGAGGAGACCUCCAGGGGGUGUGACUUCAUGGAGAGGGUGUCGGGGGACGACCCCGAAUUGGACGCUGGGGACUUCUACAGGAAGCAGAGGAGACGGAACCUGGACACUUUCUCUGAAGAGUUCCUAAUCCCACACGAACAGUGCCACCGUGACAUUCUCACCAAAAUAGGUCUGGAGAACUUCUGCACGGAGCCGUACUUCUCCAACCUGCGUCAGAACAUGAGGGAGCUGGUCGGGGUUCUGGCUUCAGUAGCUGCUAGUGUGCCUCUUCUCCAGCAUGGAUUCUACAAGAAGGACUCCCAGCCUGCAACCUCAGAGCAGCCCCAGCCUCAGGGAGUGUCCCAGGAGAUUGCCAGACACUGCAUCGUACAGGCCAGACUGUUGGCCUACAGAACAGAGGACCCUAAGGUUGGGGUUGGUGCUGUCAUUUGGGCAGAAGGGAAAUCCGGUGGUUGUGAUGGCACGGGGCGGCUGUACCUGGUGGGUUGUGGGUACAACGCCUACCCAGUGGGCUCAGAGUACGGACAGUACCCCCAGAUGGACACCAAACAGCAGGACCGCCAGAAGAGGAAGUACCGCUACAUCAUCCACGCUGAGCAGAACGCACUCACCUUCAGGAGUGAAGAGAUCCGUGAGGAGGAGAACACCAUGCUGUUUGUGACUAAGUGUCCGUGUGAUGAGUGUGUCCCUCUGAUCCGAGGAGCUGGGAUCAAGCAGAUCUACACCACUGACCUGGACAGCGGCAAAGACAAGGGAGACAUCUCCUACCUCAGAUUCCACGGCCUCCAAGGAGUCCUGAAGUUCAUUUGGCAGAAGUCCUCUCUAGCCAGGAGAGCCGCUGAACAUGCUGGUCUUCAUCUAGCCAAUGGAUGUGAGGUGAAGCAUGGGAGACAGCCUGAACAGGCCCUUCAAUCCAAUAAGAGGUUACGGUCGGCAACAAAUCCAGACCUUUCCCCUGUUUGUUGAACAAUGGUACCUGUAUCUUUCAGUCUGGUUUCACCAGGCUACGGUCCCCAGGCUCUUGUUGGCAUUGGAAACGUUUAAUUUAUCCAAUCGCAUAUUGAUCAGUGAUUCAAGUAAGGAAGGAUGCAUUUUAACUUCUUGGCGCACCCAUCCCGUUAGCGGGAUCAUUUUCGUCAACAUCCGCUCAAUUGCAGAGCGCCAAAUUCAAAUUAAAUUACUAAAAAUAUUAAAUUUUCAUGAAAUCACAAGUGCAAUAUAGCAAAACACAGCUUAGCUUGUUGUUAAUCCACCUGGCAUGUCAGAUUUCAAAAAGCUUUACGGCAAAAGCUAUCCAAGCAUUUAUGUUAGCACAUCUCUCUCUCAGCAGACAAAACAUUACAAACAGCUAGCAGCAAAGUAGAUUGGUCACAAAAGUCAGAAAAGCAAUAAAAUGAAUUGCUUACCUUUGAUCUUUGGAUGUUUGCACUCACGAGACUCCCAGUUACACAAUAAAUGUUCCUUUUGUUCCAUAAAGAUUAUUUUUAUAUCCAAAAUACUUCAAUUUGGUUGGCACGUUAUGUUCAGAAAUCCACAGGCUCGAGUGGUUACGACGGGGCAGACGAAAAUUCCAAAUAGUAUCUGUAAAGUACGUAGAAACAUGUCAAACGUUUUUUAUAAUCAAGCCUUGUUUUUACAAUAAAUAAUCAAUAUUUCAACCGGA